CCAAGAGUCAGACGAGUGAUUAAAAAUGGGCAACAUUUAUUAUUACGAUUAUACCAAUAUGUCUAGUAACUCAACUGACAACUACAUGACACCUGCUGAAGGGGAAUAUUACGACUAUGCAAACAUGACCUCAGAGGAGGAGGAGGCCACUGCGGCCGCCACUGCCGUGAAGAUCAUCUCCAUCACCAUCUACAGCCUAACCUUCCUCCUGGGUGUGCCGGGCAAUGCCUUCGUCCUGUGGAUCGCCGGCCUGAAGAUGAAGCGUACGGUGAACGUCGCCUGGUUCAUCAACCUCGCCGCCGCCGACUUCCUGUGCUGCCUCAGCAUCCCCUUCUCCAUCUCCGACACCGUGCUCGACUCCCGCUGGCCCUACGGCACGGCCAUGUGCAAGGUCAUCACGCCCUUCGUCAUCCUCAGCAUGUUCGCCAGCGUCUUCACCCUGGCGCUGAUCGGUCUGGAUCGCCUGGCCCUGGUGGUGACUCCGGUCUGGGCCCAGAACCACCGCAGCCUGGGCCUGGCGUGGGGGCUGUGCGGGCUGGCCUGGUUCCUGGCCCUGAUGCUCAGCCUGCCCGCCAUGGUCCUCAAAGCCGCCGUCACCCAUCCGUACACGAACGUCACCCACUGCACCUACGCCAUCCACGAGGACGACGAGCUCUCGAAGGCGAUCGUGGGUAGGAUGCAGAUGGCCCGCUUCCUGCUGGGGUUCGUCGUCCCCCUGCUGGUCAUCGUCAGCUGCUACACCCUCAUCACUCUCCGGGUGAGGAGCAGCAGCUUCCGGGCCAAGAGGGCCUUCAAGAUCAUCGUGGCGGUGGUGGUGGCCUUCUUCGUGUGCUGGCUGCCCUAUCACGCCUUGGGGCUCGCCAGGGAGUAUGGCCAGGAGGACGAGGAUGGGGAGGUGGUGUUUCUCCUGGACCAGCUCAGCAUCGCCCUGGCGUACGUCAACAGCUGCCUCAACCCGCUGCUGUACGUCUUCAUGGGCCAGGACUUCAAGGAGAAGGUGCGUCUGUCUCUCAGGCGCAUCCUGGAGAACGCGUUCAGUGAGGACGCCACACACUCGACGUCAACGACGCGCUCCAAAGUGACUCAGUCGCGCAUCACUUCCUCCUCAGCGCAGGUGUAGUUGGGUUGUUUGUUUUGUUCUUACUGGUUGGACUCACAUCAGGAAUAACUUGAGGCAAGGUCUCAAAGGCUUUGUAUCAAAGGCUUCCUGUUGCCAAGGGUUACUUAAGCACUUUGUGACACAUACAAUACACUGUAGACUACAUUUCUUAUUACAGCAGGGAACAUGACAAGGAGACAUUCUUGUUCCAUGUUGUUCUACAAAAAUAAUUGAUGUGCUAUAGACUCGUAUUAGGAACUGGUAUGAAAGAUUUCCGGCAAGGAUUAUUUUAUCAUUUCUCAUGAUGGGAAAGUGGCAAUGCUGCAACAUGCUGUUCUACAAAUUAUAGACUUAACUAAAUCAUCCAACACAAAACUUUCCAUAUUUUCAUUAAUAUUCAAUGAAGGCAGAAACUGAUUGAACUUUCAGUUAUUUUUUUCCACAUUGUGUUAGCAUUUGAAUUGUUGUUCAUGUUUGGGCUACUCUGGUAUCAUUAGGGAGUGAGUAACAGAGCAGAAAUGUCAUUGUUUAGAUCUUCUUAUCUCAGCUUAAUUGCACAGGGUGGACAGGAAGGAAACUUCAAGCAGUCACUCUCAAAAUAUGUGACCCAAGUCAUUUCUUUGCCACCUACCAAGUAAUCUGACAAGGCGUCAUGGUAUGGCAAUUUAUGUCCAACUUUUUGUUUUAAAAAAAUCUUAAUAUAUAUUGUUUAUAGUUUUAUAGUUUAUUGUAUAUUAAAUGUAUAUUGAGGUUUAAUGUUAGUCAUCAUGUAAUAGGCUAAUGUGAAUUACUGGAUAAUUGUAGGCAUGUAUUUUUUUAAAUAAUCUAAUUAUGAAAUCAAUUGUUGUUGACUGUUAGUCUCAAAUAUAUUAUAGAAAUAUAGGCUACAGUAUAAGAUCAUUUAGAAUACUUUGUACACUAGAGCUUGUACAGCUGAUGACCACAUGAUGGAGCCAGAGUAAUAAGAAGGGCCUUGAAUGCAUGGGGUAACACACACACACACACACACACACACACACACACACACACACACACACACACACACACACACACACACACACACACACACACACACACACACACACACACACACACACACACACACACACACACACAUUGAUUCAAAAUGUAGAUGCCAUUAUCACUGGCUUAAUGAUGGUACAGGCAGGAUUUUUAAAAUGUAGUCAGAUGUGCGAGCAUUGGAGUAGGUAGGCCUAUUAGAAUAAUUCCUCAGCAAACCGUCCUUUUCCCGAAACUAGUCCAUUUUCAGUAAAGUGAGUGACACAAGGGUGAUGAGGUUAAUCUGAGCUCACUCUGUUUUGCUUUUGCACGUGGUCAUGGGGAAGCAGCUUAUACUUAGUACUAAACUGAUGUCUUGUUGUGUAGCGCUAGCCUAUUUCAGUUCCUCAUUCAGAGAUAUCUGAAAUGCUGAGGCAUUUGUUUUCCCAUUCCCUUCUUUUGUAUUUAAACACAUUCUCAUUUCUGUGUACGUGAUGUAUCUUUGUGAGUCACACUGUAAAAACCCAUAGCAGAGUAGGAGGGGUGGCUAUUUCACCGUUCGUUAGACCUGCUCUGUAUUGUGGUCCAUUAGACCUACGAGAAUUCUUGCCAAUUAAAAAGAAAAAAGUAGCAAACCAUGCCCCCAUUAGAUCAGGGUCGUAGAAAGGGUACUCGGGUACAGGUCAAGGCCAAAACCAUAUAGAGCUGCCUAUACGCCCUGAAGAAGGCCAUAAGGGCCGAAACGCGUAGGCAUUGUAGCCAAAUAAAAAAGUAAAAAAAUUGCAACCUUGAGUGCCUCAGCAUCUGUCUUCCUGGACCAAGUUUGAGAGCCCCUACACUCAUGAGCACCAAGGAAAAAAGGUGAAGACCCAGAAGCAUUCCAAUUACCUGCUUGUGUUAUAUACAGCUGCAUAUUGAAAUGGACGAGAAUUCUCCUUCAAGUAAAUUUGUGUUUUUUACAUUGUUUGUUUUUUAUUAGCUAAGAUAAAAAAAUGUAUGAGGUCAACAGUUGCCACGGUACUAUUUGAUGUAUGUAAUGCAAAAAGCUACUUUUAUUCACAUGUUGUUCACUUGCAGCACCAAAGAGGCACAGCAAAUACCUUUAACUUUGAACUACAUGACUUUGAAUUUCUUUUCUUGUUGCGUUGUGUCCACUCAUACAUGCCCUUGGUUAUCGUGACUGCGGAGGUAUGCUAUUGGACUUUGAUAAAGAUCAAUGGAUAAGUUUCCGCUGUCCUGAAGAAGAGAUAGGAGUGUGUAUAACUGACAAAAUCCCUUCGCUGAGCAGAUUUCAUCUUGUUUACCGAACUGAAUAUAUCAAAGAUGCCUCACUGUAUUUGCACAUUUCUUGCCAGGAAGUGUCAACACAUCUUGUAGAUGAAAAGAUAAUCCUCUUUUUACAGCUAUGUUCUGGAUGUCCUCCUAGUAUUUGGUUGCUUCAGUUUAAAUAAGAGCCUGUUUUAUUGAUUCUUUAUUGUAUAAACAUUGAAAAAAUAGAUGAAUAAAACCCACAGUCUUUACCUCUCAAACAGAAAUUCAUUUGUUUAUUUGUGCAUCUGAGCAAAUUAAAAUGUUGCCUCUUGAUAUUGCGUUAGCUUUCCUUUUAUAUAUAAUUAUUAUGUAUAGUAGCCUAUGUUAUGGCCUUUUUUGCAUUAAGCUUUUUUGUGUGCCU